CGUACCCGUACACUUUUUCGCUCAGCAUGCGUUGCCGCAGCGAGAAGAGCGAGUCGUCCGUACUGUCUCGCCAAGCACACACAGUCGUCCGAGCCGUUGCGUUUUUCAAAAUGGCUAACUUUUGCGGACCCGCCGUCGUAUCGUUGCGUGCAGAAGUGUCGUCGCAGUAGCUGAGCGGUAGGUGCUGGUGCAAUUAUUUGCCCCCCAAUCGAUGGGGGAACGGUCGCGCGACACGGUGCGCUUGCAGUUGGUGCGUGAAAAUGUGGUGAUUUUGCAGCAAUUUCCAAUUUACCCGUGCGUUUCAUUGUGUGUGGUGGUGGUGUGUCCCGGUCUCGCGGAGGUGUACAGUAGCAGCGGGUACACACCGAGCACGAACACGGGCAAUGUGGUGAUGAUGAUGAUGAUGAUGUUCGGUGCUGUGUGGUUGGCAUGGCUGUGUGUGCAUAGUUUUCUUUGUGUGUUUUCCCAGUGAACGAACCCCGCGCCCGAAGGGUUACAGCCGCCGCGCCGUUUCGGAGAAUUUUGGGAACCGUCCUCCUCCGUCCGUGCGCCGCCUUUUGGUGCUUGGUGUGAGCAAAGUGUAUGAUUUUCGUGAAAAAAAAAACGGAGCGUGAAUAUUCGAAGCGAACGUCUUUUUUUCCUUUCAAGAAACGCGUCAAGUGGUGUGGUGUACCCUUCGAACGUUUAGUAACAUCGCCCUGAACCGUGUGCAUGUGUAUGUAUGUGUGUACGUGUGCAUGAUUAAUGAAGAAGUUGCGAGGGGGAAGAAGAGGCUUCCAUCCUAAUCUCUUCUCCAGCAAUCGGAACAAAGUAGUAAUGAUCGCCGGAAGUGGAAAGGUGGUAUGAGAGAGUGAGAGGAAGAGGGGGAGAGAGAGAAGCAAGAAAAGAGGGGAGCGGAGUCGUGUUUCGUGAAUGUGCAUUUUUGUGUUUUAUUAGUAGCACCCCGCCACCACCAGCCCGCACCUUCUAUCAUCGACCACUGCCAGUUGUGAUUUUAAUCCAAUUCGACAGCAAACAGCAAACAAAAAAAACCUGUGUGUGUGUGUGGAUUUAAAGGCGCACACCGCAGCCUCUGUGUGUGCGCGCGCGCGUGUUUCCUUUAGUGUAUGUGUAAGUGUGCGCGGCCGUGUGUGUGUGUGUGUGUGGAGAAAAAAAAACGGGCGCAUUUAGUGAUAUCAUCGGUUGCGCGCCGCUUUCCUAUUUCCCCGGACGGAUGUGUGUGAACGUGUGUGCGCCCGUCGGCUUUUCAAGUGAUUGUUUCGAAAGGAGCAAAUUAAACAAAAAUGAAAUAAAUAUAAUAAUAUCAAGAUACACGAUUAGAGUGCAGUAAAUGUGAACGUGUUUUCCUACAGUGAUUGUGUGUGUUUGUAAUGAUUUGAAUGUGUUGAAAAGAACGUUGUGAAAAAGUGAAAAUUGUGAAAAUUUACGGUUUAUGUAGAGCAAAAGUGUCGUCUUACCGUGCUAAAAAAGGUGAUUUGUAAAAGUGCAAACAAGAAACCUUCGUGGUGUGUGUGAGUGUUCUAAAAAAAAAAAAAGAUAAGAAACAAAGUUUGUGUAAAACUUCCUGAAACAGUGUUAAAACAACGUGCAUAACAGCAGUGCACCAAUUGAACAGUCACAAUUGGUUGUAGACUUAUUAAACGGAUUUGGAGAGCUACUGAACAAUUGCCUCUUGGUGUGAGUUGCUACAAAAACACAAACGAGGGAUAAAAAAAAAACUCAAAAGGCUGCCUUCUGCAUUUUCGACGAACAAUGGAGACAUAGACGUCGCAGCGCUCGUACGGCAUAGCACACAACCAACCUCUUGCUGCUUCUGUCCGGAAGGUUACAUUACAUAGAGAGAGAGGGAGAGAGAAAGCAAAAAAAAAGCACGAAGAGACCGGCGAGAGACCAGAGGACUUCGGUACCGGGAAACUUCAGGCCUGGUUUUCGAUAUCUGCCGCAAAGCGCACGUAACGGGCGUGUACAAGGCAAGGCCAACUAAUGGGUGGAAGGUCCCGGACCGCGUUAACGUCAAGCACGGUGGCGGCCCAUCGUCAGCCGGAUUGUGGUGCCAGCUUCCGGGACAGCAGUACCAGCAGCAGCAGCAGCAGGAACCACGGGCCGCUAGUGGACUUUAAGAAGAAGAAGCAGCAGUAGAGCAGGGGUUGUGAAGCGAAAAAGGGGCACGGAUAACUCUAACGUUUGUGUGCUAAUUACGAAGACGUGCUAACGAGAAACGCUAACACACACAGACACACACUCUCUCUCUCAUACCGAGACAGCAGAAGCAUCAGUAACAGUACGCAACAGCAUAUAUCCUCCCUUUCCCGAAUCCGGUUUGAUUAGCACGAGACGAGGCGCGCGGACCCUUUGCUUUCCUUCCCUCCAUCUACCCCCGAGUGCACGAGUGCCGGAACAAAUCACCAGCCAUAACGCCCCACCUUCCCCCCCACCAUCCUUCCCUGCGGCCCGUUGAAUGCAGAGCGUGGUGGCGCAGCAGCAGCAGCAGCAGCAAGGACGAGCAGCAGCAGCAGCAGCAGCACCAACAGCACCGGCGGCACGUCGUCGUCCACGAUCGCUGAACGCCGCGCCGCCGUCCCUGCACCGUCGUCUCGCCCGGCGGGAGGAGAUCGCCAUCCCUCGCCGUCCAGCCGGUGCCGCCGCCGCCGCCACCGCCGUUGUGGUGGUCGUCGCGCGUGAUCCCCGCUCGAUUCAUCGCCGCCGUCGUCAUUUCGGGGUAAUAUGGCCACACCGCCAACCGAAGGAGAAAUCAGAGUGGGUCCCGGCCAUCAGGUAAACGAUAUCUAUGCAACAUUACCAGACUAUCAACCGAUCGAGAACUACCGCUCCGAGGACGAUGAAGAUCGCGACCUAGAGGAUCCAAGAUGGACACCCGGACUGUACAUUGAUAAUGAUUUGUUGAUGUACCUGACCGCCGCUCGUUCAAUAUCCGCCUUUCAGGGUAUGUGCGAGGAAGAUGGUUGUAUGGCAGCUAGUCGUGACGAUACAACUAUAAAUGCAUUUGAUGUUUUACACGACUCAGGAUACGACGCCGGCAAAGCCCUAGAAGCUCUGCUAAAGUGUCCCGUGACGAAGGGCAUCGAGAAGAAGUGGACCGAGGAGGAAACGAAACGCUUCAUCAAGGGUUUGCGACAGUUUGGGAAGAAUUUUUUUCGCAUCCACAAAGACCUGUUACCACAUCGGCCAACGCCGGAAUUGGUAGAGUUUUACUAUCUGUGGAAGAAGACGCCGGGGGCAAACCAGAACCGGCCCCACCGCAGACGACGGGCGAGCUCGCUCCGACGGCGCAACACACGGACGAACAGUAAUGCGAGCGGCACCGCGCCGAACAGUAGCGGUAGCAGCAGCAGCAGCAGCAACAGCAACAGCAAGAAGGAACAGACCCCCGAGCGCACCGUGACGGAUACCGGCUCGUCCCGACCGUCGCCGAUCGGCAAGGAGGAGAACAGCUCCGUUACCGAGGACGACGUGAGCGAGUGCGACAGCGAUUCGAGCGCCAACAAGGCGACGGCAGCGGCGGCGGCUGCAGCGACAGCCACCGCCAACGGUACGGCCGGCGUUGGAACAGGUAGCAACGGCGGCGGCGGCGGCGGAGGAGGCGGUGGCGGUGGAGGAGGAGGCAGCAGUAGUAGCAGCAGCAGCAGUAGCAGCAGUAGCAGCAGCAGCAGUAGCAGCAGCAGUAGCAGCAGCAGUAGCAGUAGUAACGGAAGUAACGGCGGCGUCGGCGGUUCCGUCGGCGUCGGAGACUUUACGACGACGGCCAGCAGCGGCGGCAUUGGCGGGGGCACGGUCACCGGCGAGGAAUCUCCGUCGAGGAUGCGGACCCGCCAAAAGCCAACGAAAGAAACGAAUGCUACCAAUGCGAAGCGGCCCAAGCGGGGCGGUACGGAGACACCGGAGCAGCAGACAGCGACCGGCACUGCCGCAGCCGCAGCCACUGCUGGCGCCGCAGCCACGGCGGGCGGUGGUGCGCCCAACACCGGUGGUAGCAGUGGGAACGGAGCGAGCGGAAGUCUGGACAGUCCAAAGACGCCCAGCAAAACGACGAACAGCAGCAGCAAUAAUAGCAGUAGCACCAACACUAACACCACCACCACUACCACAGGCACUGGUAAUGGCGGGAACAGCAGCUCCUCGGGUGCAGUUGGCCCGACGGUGGACGGUGUCGGUGGCAAGCAUGGCGGUUCGCAGACCGGCAGCAAAGGCAGCAAGUCCGCUGGACCGGGCAAGACGGAAACGACCACCCCGAGCAAGGGCAAGAAGCGCUCGAACGAGCAGGAGGUGGACGGAAGCGAUGAGAAGGAUGGACAGAAGCGCAAACGCUCGGACAGCCCGGCCGAAAGCCUCACCACCGACAGCCGGCCCGGCUCCGUGCUGGACGAGAUGGAAUCGGUCAGCGAGGCGGCGACGGAAACGAGCAUCGGUACGCGCACCACCGGCACGCCGACACCAAUCGGACACGAGCGGUUGCAGGGCGCAAACUCGAUCAGCUCCGGUACGGGCAGCGGCGCAGGACCCACUGCCGACGGAAGCGUGCCAGCCGCGAAGGACGACGAGAAGGAUCCACUGUCGCUCGGACCACCGCUCGCCGCCGAGCCGAUGGUUACGGAGUCGAACGAAAACAGCAGCAGCAGCAAUACGACCACCUCGACCGUGGCCAAGUCCUCGUCGGGUGGUUCGGAAGACAAGGAUGACGAUUCGAACGCGGGUGCUACGGGUGCCGUUGUUGCGUCGGCGGUAGCAACCGUUCCAACGGCCGCAGACACCGCCAAGCUGCCCGAAACGGAAGACAUCUCUCCGCCGUCGACGGCGGCCACUACGCCCGUCGCAACGCCGGCACCACCGACCGCGGGCGCAUUGCUACCCGGCGCCGAUGGCAGUGAACCGCCCCAGCAGGGAGUUGCUCCAUCGUCGGAGGAAGCGGCCGCAGCAACCAACGGUACCAGUGUCAGCACAGCCGGCAGCGGCACCACCACCACGGCGGUGGAGGGCAAACCGUGCGUAAAUGCGCUCGGACCCGCCCCGUCCAGCGACCAGGAGAUGGCUUCGAAGCUGGCCAACAUGAAACAGGAAGGUUCUGCCGCGACCGGACCUCCCACGGGCGCACCGGCCGGUUCAGCAGCAGCAUCGGUCGACUUUAACUCCAAAGACGUGUUCAUCAAGAAGGAACCGAACGAAGAGUCUGGUGCAGCUGCUGCGGCGGUGGCGUCGGCGGCCUCUGCCGGAUCGUCCUCCGCGCCCGGAGAGCAAUCCUCCGGCUCCGGUGUCGGUGGCGGCGCGGCCCCAACGAGUGGUGCCCCUAGCGAGCCGCAGGAUUUGAAGCUCAAGAUUGAGGUCAAGUCGGAAGCGAAACUGAUGCCGGGCGGAGGCACCGGUAGCAACGAAUCGUCCAGUCAAGGUGGCGCCGCCCAAGGCCCGCCCGAGAUGAAGUACGAUCCGGAAAAUCUCGUCAUGAAACCGUACGAAAGUCACAUCAAGUACGGUGGGCAUCCGGGCGAGGACGGUAUGAAGUACGGGGAGCACAAGUAUGGGCCACUGCCACCGCAUCAUCAACCCGGACCGGGCGAACCGCCGGGCCUGAAGUACGGUCCACCAGGGCCGCAGGACGAGCCGCUCGAGUACGAUAUGAAGCGGUACCCGGCGCACGGUCCCCCACCGCCACCCAACCAGGAUGGUGGUCCACUCCCGCUGAAGCUUGGCGGUGGUCCGCCCGGACCGCCGUCCGCUUCCGGAGCGCCGGGCGAACCACCAUCCGGCGCAGGACCGCCGCCCCACAUGAAGCUGUCCCAGUACGCGCAGGAUCUGACGGGCCUGAACCUAAAGUACCCUCCGCCGGACGAGCGCAGCAAGUUUGCACCGUCGCCCGCCUCGGACAGUGGCAGCGGCAGUGGCGUAGCGCCUCCACCCCCAUCCGGUGUCGGUGGGCCGCUGCCGCUCAUCCCCAAGAGCCACUAUCCCGACCCGGCCCAGCUCAGCAUGCUGCGGCAGCACUACGAGCACACGUUCAAGUACGAUCCGAUGGCGGCGGUCAAGUACGGACCGCCCGGGAUGCCACCGUUCGGGGCGGGACCGCCCGGCCAGCACCACCAUCCGCACCAUCCGCUGGCGGGCGGCCUGCCCGGACAGCCGCAGUCACAGCCGCAAGAUCUGAAGUACCUGCCGCCGGAGGCCAUGGGCCCGAUGAAGUAUCCACCCUCCUCGGUGGCGAGCGACACGCCCACCUCGCUCAAGAACAACAGCUUCUCGGCGGACAAUCUGCUGAAGAGCAGCUCGUCGAGCAGCAGCGGCGGCCCGGGGGCGAACGAUGCGUCCAACCCGCUGGACGUGUCGGCUUCGGGGCGCCACGCCAUCACUCCCAACCAGGACAGCCAGGGCAGCAACAGCAGCUCUCAGGCGACGCCCCUGCACGGCAGCAGUAUUGCCUCGCCCCAGUCGGGUGGGCCUCCUCCCUCGCUACCACCGCACGGUGCUGGAUCGUAUCCACCGCCGCAUGGACCACCGCCCCCGGGCCACCCGGGACAUAUCGUGAAUCCGGGGCUGAUGCCAACGUUGCUCGGCGCCGGCCCGAACUCGUCGCCAGUACCACCAACGUCCCAGCCGGGUGGCGUGCAUGUACCCCCCGUGCUCGGCGGUCACCCGUUGGCACAUCCGGGCGGUGUCCCUCCACCGCAGUUGUUACCAACGCCGCCCGGUUCGGGCCCGUACCAGCCUAGCAAUAUGCACCGACCGGGCGGACCAAUGCCACCCUCCUCGGUGCCGAGCUCGGUUUCGCUGGCCGUCUCGUCCAGCGGCAGCACUGCCCUCACCUCCACGACUGCAUCAUCCUCCUCCUCCACGGCGGUAACGUCCCAUUCCCCUGCCCCGAUGCGGCCCUCGUCCGACAAUGGACCGCUGGGGCUGCAGCCAAUGGCGCACCAUCACCGGUCGGACCGGGACCGCGAACCGCCCCGACCCGGCACAAACGAGCUGCCGCCGACCCGCGCCUCCCCUAUCAACUCACUGUUGCAGGGAGUGCCGCCACCGCACGGCAUGCUACCCCAUCCGCUGCCGCUGCACCUGGGUCACCCCGGCAUGCAGCUACCUCCGCACCAUCCGGCCCAUCUGGCCGGUCCGCUGGUGGGACACGCCGGGCUGCUGCCGCCCUCGCUGGCGGCACACAGUGCCGGCCUGCCGCUGCUCGGCGGGCCCACACCAUCCGCGCUCGGCAGCCUGAUGGAGGUGGCGGGCGCCGGCCGCCGCUCACCUUCGUCCGGGCCGGGCAGUCUGGCGGGUGGUCCGCAUGGCCACCUGCCGCCCACAUCAAUGCACCAGUCGGUGAGUGCGCUGGCGGCACAGUCCCCGUCCACCCCGACCGGGGCCGGCGGUGGUGGACCGCCGUCCUCCUCGUCGUCCGCGCUGAGCCGGGCCAGCCCGAACGUGCCGCCGGGCGGACCGGGAACCCCGGGCGGCGGUGGCUACCCGGGCCCGGGCGGCCAUCAUCACCGAUCCAGCUCACCUGCCAACUCGAACAGCUCCGGCCUGAGCCGGGGCAGCCCGAUGCACCUGAGCCACCACCCGUCGACGCCGGGUGCGGGUGGUGCGGGAGGCAGCGGCAGCUCGUCCGCAGCAGCGGCGGCCGCCGCAGCCGCCUCGGCCGAACGCGACCGCCAAAUCAUGCGCCAGCAGAGCCCCCACAUGACACCACCGCCACCGUCCUCGUCCGCACCGUCGACGGCGCUGAUCUCCAGCCCGCUGAGCAAGAUGUACGGUGGCCCCUCGGGACAGCGAUCGCCGCCACCGUCCCACCCGUUCCGGCCGGGCGCAUCGCCACCGGUCAUACGACACCCCCAGAUGCCUCUACCUCUGCCGAUGACGGGCCCGAUGGCGGGCAUUCCCGGCUCGGUGAUGCACGCCUCGCAGCCGUACCCGCUGAUGCACCCGUCGCUGUUCAAUCCGCACCAUCACAACCCGUUCUACGCGCCGUACCCGUACGGUCCCGCCUACGGGCCCGGCUUCUCGUACAUGAAGCCCGGCGGCUCACCCCUCGACAAUCCGAUGCUGCACGGGCACCCGACCGCGAUACCGCCGCCCCGGCCCGAGGACGCGCCUGGGGCCGGUGGCCCCGGGGUGCACGGCAAUGCGAGCGAAAAGUCGAAAUCCUCCGGCGGUGGCAGCAAAUCGCAGCAACCGCAAACUUCCUCCUCCUCCACCUCGUCCGUAUCGUCGCUGUCCGGGUCGGGCGGAAAUGAUCGUUCGAAGCAGUCGUCCUCCGGGUCUGGCAAUGGAGGCGGCGGUGGUCCGGGCAGUGGGCAUUCCAACUCGUCCAGCCAGAGCGGCUCGUCAGCCGGACCACCGGGUGGCCCCGGCCGGGGAGGCCCAUCGCCCAGCGGGGCGGGCGGUCCGGGGAUGGUCGGCAUGCCGGGCGGUCCGCCCGGUGGCCAUCCGCUCAGCGGGAGCCCGUUCCAUCCGGCCGGUCCACCCCAUCACCACUCGCCGUACGGUCCACCGCAGCCGCACAAUCCGUUCAUCGAGAACCAGCUGCCUCCGGUCGGUGGAGGCAAGCCGACCAGCCAUAUGGACGCGCUGCGAGCCCACGCCCAUGCGGCGGCCGGUGGCGGGCUAGGUCCGCCGCCGGGCCAUCACCCGCACCAUCAUCCGGGGCAUGGGCCGCCACCGCCGCCCGGGCACCAUCCGGCGCACCCGAGCGAACCGGUGCACAUCGAAACGCUCGACAUCGAUCCGGAUCCGGAACCGCCGUCCCCUGUCCAUGACAUGAACCGGGGCCCGAGCCCGGAAGCCAAACCGGACGAUACCGAGUGCCACCGGUCGCAAUCGGCAAUCUUCGUACGACGCUGUGAUCGUGGUGACUACAACUCCUGCACCCGUACCGAUCUCGAAUUCAAACCGACGCCCGACUCCAAGCUGGCCCGCAAGCGCGAAGAGCGCGAUCGCAAGCUGGCAGAGAAGGAGCGGGAACGGAAAGCACAGCAGGCGGCCCAGGCGCAGCAUCAGCACCAGCAGCAGCAGCAGCAACAGCAGCAACAGCAGCAGCAACAGCAGCACCACCCGUCAAUGCAGCCCCAUCCCCAUCAACCACCGUCCCAUCCGCACCAUCAGCAGCAUCCGAGCGUGACGGCGCACCAGCAGGCGGUGGCAGCUGCCCAGCACCAUCAAGCGGUUGCCGCAUCGGCAGCAGCAGCGGCGGCCGCCGCUCAGCAUCACCAUCAGCAACAGCAGCAGGCGCAGCAGCAGCAGGCGGCGGCCGUUGCGCAACAUCAAGCGCAGCAGGCGCACCACCAGGCACAGCAGCAGGCGGCCGCUCAGCAGCAGGCGCAGCAGCAAGCGGCGGCGGCGGCGGCUGCCGCAGCGGCAGGCAAGCCGGGCAGCGCGGGCAGCAGUAGCUCGGGCUCGGGCGGACCGGGCGGACCGCAGGGUCCACCGCCGCCGGGCCAUCAUCCGGGCCAUCCGUCGCCUGGGCAACAGUCGAUGAAGCCGGACAUUAAACCGUACCCGGACACGCCGGCCCUCAGGCAGCUGUCGGAGUACGCGCGGCCACACGUUGGUUUUAGUCCUGUGGAAACGAUGGUUCCGCCACCAUACCAUCCACUGUACAAUAGAGAAAGGGACAUCUUUUUUAGGGAAUUCGAGGACCUCAAGAACCAGCCCGGCAUGGGCCCAUCCCGGCUAGAUCCGCACUGGAUGGAGUACUAUCGAAUGAGAGGAAUGCAUCCGUCACAGUUCCCUGGGCUUUACGGCAAUCCGGCGGCCAUCGCACAACUGGAGCGGGAACGAAUAGGCUUGCCACCGCAUCCUGUUGCUGGGCUGGAUCCAUCCGAUCCGAUGUUGCGCUUGGCUGGCGAAUACCAUGCACACUCCCAUACGCACUUGCACUUGCAUUCGCAACAGCAGCAAGACUCGGCAGCAGCGGCGGCGGCGGCAGCGGCAGCGGCGGCAGCAGGUUUUCAUCUACCACCCAACGUUCCUCCCUAUCCACGGCCGAAUGUUUUAAUGCCGAGGGAUCCCCAUUCGGAGGUGCUGUUGCGUAUGUCCUAUGAUCCACUGCAGGCCGCUGAAUUUCAACGACAAAGUGCAUUAGACCGGGCCCAAUCGCUGCAUGAGCAGUACAUGAGACAACACGAGCGCGAGAUGAAGGUGCGUGCACUGGAGGAAGCAGCACGGGGUGGUAAACAUUAGUAGCACAACCCCAAUUACGACGACAAGUUGGCGGCAGUGAUGCUGUGUCAGCUGGUCCACAACUCUCCUAACAACACCACUGGUACCUUUUUUGGCAGUGUUUCAUGCUGUGCGACCACGAACCACAAACCACAACACUCAUCUCACAACUCCUUCCUGAUUUCUUCCCAAAUUUGACCAAAAACACUAAGUAACAAAAACAAACAAACAAACGUUAAAAGCAACACUUCUAGAUUGAUACAAAAGAAAGCUAUAUACAUAUAGUUCUAUAUAGUGGAUAACAAAAGUGUGUAUUUCAAGGCUAGGACAGGCAGGCUGGCAGGCAGUAGUAGACACGCACGCGCGGGCACACACACGCAAUGAUAUACAUGCUGUGUGUGUUCGUGUGUGUCUGGGUGCUGUGCAGCAGAACGACCAGGGAAUGCUGGUCCUAUAAUUACAAACAUUUUCUUGUCGCGUCCGCCGCGACAACUAUAUGGGUAGGCUUACUUUAGUCUUUUUUCUCUCUUUGAUCAGAUUAUAUUUAAGUAUUAUGAAAUGACUUUGUGUCUCAGCGUAAGGCUAGCCAACAUUAUUAUAGAUUCGAUUCUGCCGCGGGGCACCACCUUUUAGGGGUAAAAGCGGGAAAACAAAACAAUGGAACGGUCUGUGAGUGCACCUCCCCAUUGAUGAUGUAAAUAUUUAAACGACUAUGGUUUAGGUUCGCAUUUGCGCGUAACUGACUAUAUAUGUAUAUGUAUAAUCCAAUUUUAUCGAUUAGUGCUUUAGUGACUAAGCAUCUAGCGUUGGCGCACGGUGUUAUACGCUUUAUUGUCGGGGUUUUCGUCGACCAGACCAUUAGUCUGCUCUGUUGAGUGACACCGCUGUUCGAAGCAUGAGAACAACACUUUGUGAAAACAGGAUACGAUUUAUGUUUUUUUAGCGCAUUCAAACUAACUUCUUACCCCGAGGACCCAUUGCUCAGAGCAUUUUGUCUGCCAUUAAAGAAGAAAGGGGAGGACGGGAAAACGGAAACUCCUUCAUCUAACUGCCCUUAACUAAUGCUGAUGAGGGACAGUGAGAUAACGCGCUUUACACUAAAAGGCGAACAUAAAAAAGGGAAAGAGAAUGUUUUGUUACGUUGUUUAAUUUCCUGCUCGUUCCAUUUGAUUCUCAUCGAAACCUUGCUUUUGUGCACAAAAUUCCGUUUUUGUCACAAUACUUGUCGGUCGAUCGGUCGUGUGUUAAGAAGAGCAUUUCUCAAGUGAGCAGACGUCAAUUGCGUCGCAUGUAAAUAAACACAUCAGUCACCACUUGCAUUUCAAGUGCGAAAAUCAACACCGAUAAGAACGGUAGCGAACAACAAAACACACAUGUCACAGGACACGGGGGAAUACAGAGAAGUUGAGAACAAAAAAGUGGCGAGGCAUUCACACAAAUUGUAUGUAUAAAACAAAAUCAAUGCGAGAUGAUAUGCAAACAACACACAACCACAACAAAAAACAACAACAAUAUUAGAUUGUAAGUAGAAAACGGUAUAUAUAUAUUAUAUAUUUUAUAUUUAUGAGGAAAGGAUGGACGAAACAAAAAAGAAUGGAAAAGUAAUAUUAUACACCAUAUAAGGUAGAGGAAGAAACAGAAAACAAAAAGGACGCAACACGUGUCGUGUUUGCAUGUCGAUCGUGCCGACGAUUCCGAUACGCGCGGAGCCCCACACACAUCUCAGCAUCAUCACGUAUUCGGAAUAGUCUAAGAAACUGAAGCGAACAAAGUAGUUGGACGCGCGUUUAAUCACCACGCACACAGUGUGUUAUUAUUAUUAUUAUUAUUAUUUGCUCCGUUGGCGUGUUGUCGCCCUCUCUCCCUUGUUUUCCCCAACUGUUGUACACAGGAUGAAUGAAGCGGGAAACCCCCUUUUCGAUUAGAGUAGUUACAUUAUUGCACGGGUAGUGAAAUGGGGCGGAAAAAAGCACACGGGGACCACCGUGUGCGGGUAAUCUGUAAAUGGGUGCGAGGGGAAAACGCAUUUAAUCAAAACAAAAACCACACACACACACAACCAACCGCUGCUCCCCCAUCCCUCGUAGUCGGUAUAUUGUAUAGAGGAAACCUUAUUUAGAGUUAUGAUAACAAGGGGCAAAUAGGUGACUGUGUAAAGGGUACCGGCGGAGGAAGUCAUUUGCCGGGUGGGGGAAGAAAAAAUAUCCUUUUUAAUAGCACCAACUCCCCGGGGGGGCUGCCAGCACGGGGCGCCCUUUUCCCGUAUUGCAUUAGUGGUUCCCAUGCAAACAACCAAAUCGUGAAUAUGCAACACAGUACAGUUGGCACGGGCGCAUUGAAGAUCGUGGGAAGCAAGCGGCGGCAGGAGAAAUGUGAGCAGAUUUUUGAACCCAUUUCUAAGUGUCUAUAUUUAUGGAAACCACUACACACUUCCCCCUCUUUCCCGCGGAUGAAAACAUAAAGCUGUCGAUCUAUGGGCAUACGGAUCAUCAUCAUAGCCGUAAUAUAGAGAAGGUCGAAUUCGAUCGACAUGGGGUGGCCCAUGUUCGAUCGGCAUGUCUAAGGAAGGACACACGCAUAUGCGAAAUGUGCAAAUUGUGUGUGUCUGGGUGUAUGUGGUGGAAAAAGGAUUUACGAGGAACACGGUGGGAACGAACGAAUGUUCGCGAUUAGACUGACUGUUGUUAUAUGCCGAGAUGCGCAUUAGAGAAGACUGUCGAUAAAAAGAUACAUUGACGCCUCCGAUGUCUGGGGGUGAAUGAACUGCCGAAUGAACCGGGUGUUGGAAUUUCGGGGCGCAUUUUCGUUUGUUACACGCGUUCAUUUUGAGACGAACAAACAAAAAAACAAAAACAAAACCUCUCUAACAUCCAAAUUAGCUUAUCCUCCCCUAACACACGGUGAGUGUGUGUACUGGGACUCAACUUUUGGUUUUAAUAAUGGUGUUCUUGCUGAGUUUAAUUUGCGUAUACGUUAGUUCGAUAAUAGGUUUUCCUUUUUCCUCCAGCGGGUGCUGGAAAAGGAAAUAGACAAAUUACUACCAACAAUAACAAUCCUCUCCCCUGCAUGCCGUAUGUAAAAUAUUGUCUUACUUAGUUGUUUACGAAACCGUUCAAUUUGUGGUGUCGUCGUGUUUAUUGUGUCGCCUGGGGCCUAUUUUAAGCGAAACAGAGGGAAGGCACGCAAUUGCGGAUGCCGCUGUCGUCAAAGAGGUCGUUUAUAACACGCUCACACCUUGACAUUUGCGUGCAUGGUACAACAAACGGCCGAUCUGUAUUUAUACCUAGUGAAAUACGAAAGGAUUUGAACGUGCACAGUGCAUUCUUUAAAGAGAAAGCCCCAGUCCCCGUGCGUAGUUCCGGUGUGGUGUGACGGUUGUUGUUGAGACUAUAGCAAUGUAUGUGUGUUGUACAACAAAUGUAGGGGAAUGUUUUAAACAGACAAAACCACCAAAAACUCACACAGAAAAUGCUACAUUAAUCAUCGUCGUCUUCAUCGUGUUUCGUCAAAUGAACAAAAUUUACCAUAAGAAUCCCCAUACAAAAAUCACACGCUCUGCGGUGGGCGAUGGAAAGUGCGAUCGUGAAUCGGACCUUGAACAUAUGAAAUGUUUUGAUUUAAUCGACAAACUAAAGAGAUAUCUUAUUAACACACUAAGAGAAGGGGGAAAGUGAAGCAAACAAAACAUGUCGUGAACAGGUGAAACAAAGUUUACAAUGUUAAGAACUCUAAACGAGCACAAGAUGAUGAUACAAGAUAAUACAACCACAGACGAAACACACUCAACAAAACCGAGCUCGCUAAGGAACUCGUGCGCGCACGGAGAAAGUACGGCCAGAAACAAAUUAAAUAUAGUAUUUGCAUACAGUUUCGUGUAAGAACAAAAAAACAGAUUUGAAUAGUAGUAGUAAUGAGAUAUGACAUGUCAAUCGACACGAACCAAGCGACACGAGAGAAUUAGAGAAUCUGCUGGCAUAUACGGAGAAAGAGCGAGAGAGGGAAAAAGCGAAUGUAACAACCCCUGCCCCUGAUAAUAUAAAGUGUUGCACAGAAGAUAAGUAUAUCGCCACACGUGGUAGAGAACGAGAACGGAAGGAUGUAAUUGAAACAGUGCGUAGAAAUGUAGAAAUUGCAAGCGGCAGAUCACACGCAUGAACAUAACUUGUGAAUGAAGAGCGGAGAGGAGAGAAACUGGUGAUGAUAAAAAAUAUACGAAUAUUGAAAAAAAUAUAUAUAUGAAAACUGAAA